CAGUCGAUUUGGACAGAUGCUCGCAGAUCAACGCCUGCUCAUCUUCGUGACGACGCCGAGGCAUGUUCUCGCUCUACCGCGCAGAGAAUCAGAGUCCCCGACUUCCUUCCUGCACAUCGGUCAAUAUAUCAUACUAUAGUGGCCAUUUACUUUGCAUGAUUCAAGACGGUUUAUCGAAGUUCCAAGCUUGGAGGAGUGUGGCACGGUAGGUCCCUUGGAUCUCUCACCCAAUGCCGAAUACACAUCUUAGUGGAUCAGUCCUUCGUCUUCAAAGAUGCACGAUAUUUCAAAAGUCAUUGGUUCUUCGACGUGUACAGGUCACGUCACAGGAAAAUUCCCUUGCCUGUUUACUGUUAGUUACGAGGCUAUGCCAUGCCUUUGUAGUCAUUUUUCAGGCAGCAGAUGAAACCUGUCAAAUCCAUUAUCCGCCGCACCAAACGAGGAGAACAGCGAAGUGCAAUGCUGACCAGCAAUGUAACCAUUCAGUCCAGGAUUACUUUGGUGGUUUACAAGAUGAGCAAGGACCCUCUUACUGGGCUGCAUUGGUUGACAGAUCCUUCCACCCGAUUCUCCCGCCAGAUACGAAGAAUUUUUCACCUCGAAGACACGUCGAUCCUCUCAACAUAAAAGCCCCGCCCACUCUCAGCAAGGCUUGCCAUUUUUAUCAGCACGAGUAUUGCAUCCCGCCUUUGAGAUUCUGAGUUUGACGCAGCCUGAGCGACUACCUGAGGGCGCCUAGAUCAAAUCCUCAUACGAGUGAUUGAAGUGUUUGCAGUCCAUCAUGAGUUCUUCUUUUACAACUCAAUCUGACUCUCUCCAAUCCCCAGUGGCUUCCUCGGUGAUCUGCCGGACUCGGAUUGGGUCUCGC